AAAAACUUUAAAAAUAUAUUUUUGCAUUUGUUGUAUUCUCUUGAUUGUUAUGAAAUAUUUUAAAAUUUUUUUCUCAAUUAAAAAUACGUACUAAAUUAAAUUUAAGACAAAUCAAAAUGCUUUAUAUUAAGGAUAGGAGGGAGUGUUAAAUUUGGAAGCGGGGUUGAGAUGUGUACUCAGCUGGAGGCUAAAAAGUCAACGAAACCAAACAGUUUUGACUUUGUUGAGCAAACUAUUUGUGUAUUGAAAAAGCGAAAGGGGUUAGGAACGAUGCUGAUGCAACAAACUAGUAAACUAGUACUACUACUAGUAUUAGUAUUAGUAGUAAUAGUUAAGAAAUAAAUUUUAAAGCAAAAAAAAAAUAAAAUAACGAUGGCUGGCGGCCACUAGGUGCAGUCAACCCACCACCUACUCUGCCCCAUUUCCUCCUAAUCCUUCUUCUCCUUCCCCAUUUCGCCUCCUUAUAUGAAUGUAAUGUAAGAAGAAGUUGGGACUUGGGAGGGGACUGGAGUAGUCUUUUUUUUUUUCCUCCUUUAUUUAGAGGAGGGUGUUUAGAGAGGGUUUAGGGGAAUCUAUCAUAGAAUACAAAGCAGAAGAAGAAGAAGAGAAGAGAGGGCAAUCGGGGAGAAUGGGGUGGGGGAAUUUGUUCUUCACGGUGGUGAUCGCAUUUUCAGCAGCACUCAUCACUUACAACAUCAUCAUUUCAGCCAAUGCAUCUCUCAAGCAGGGCUUCCCUCAGCCAUCCACCCCUUUGACUAUUGGCUCUGUUGACCCCAUCAUCAAGAUGCCCUCUGAGUCUGACUCAUCAUCACCACCGGGGGUGAACAAGUACCAGAAGAAGAGGCUGUUCCAUACCGCUGUUACCGCCUCUGAUUCCAUCUACAACACUUGGCAGUGCAGGGUCAUGUACUACUGGUUCAAGAAGUUCCAGAAUUCCCCCAAUUCUGAGAUGGGGGGUUUCACCCGCAUCUUGCACUCUGGCAAGCCUGACAACUUCAUGGAUGAGAUUCCUACUUUUGUUGCUCAACCUCUCCCUUCCGGCAUGGAUCAGGGGUAUAUAGUACUUAAUAGACCCUGGGCAUUUGUUCAGUGGCUUCAGCAGGCUGACAUCAAGGAAGACUACAUAUUAAUGUCUGAGCCAGAUCACAUUAUUGUCAAACCAAUUCCUAAUUUAUCUAGAGAUGGUCUUGGAGCUGCUUUUCCAUUCUUCUAUAUCGAACCUAAAAAGUACGAGUCUCUUCUUCGGCGCUUCUUUCCCGAACAGAAAGGACCCAUAACUAAUAUUGAUCCUAUUGGGAACUCCCCUGUCAUUGUGGGAAAGGAGGCACUGAAGAAGAUAGCUCCUACUUGGAUGAAUGUUUCUUUGGCAAUGAAGAAGGAUCCUGAAACAGAUAAAGCUUUUGGCUGGGUUCUUGAGAUGUGAGCAACACAGACCCGUACUGAUUUCAUGCCGAUCUUUUAUUUUGCCCUCUAAUUUUUGUGUACGUACAGGUAUGCUUAUGCUGUUGCAUCGGCCUUUCAUGGUGUGGGUAAUAUACUACACAAAGAGUUCAUGAUUCAGGUCGGUGACAACUUUUCCAUUUACUAUUUUCUCUGAGAUUUCCUUUCUUAGAAAUGAUUAUAAUCUAGGUCAGAAUUUUCAUUGGAUAUAUUUGCUGUCCUGCUUCUGGUUAACUUGAGAAAAUGUCCUUCAUUCGAACUUUACCCUAAAAGCUUCACAGAUUAGAUCUUCUCAUGCAAAAUACUAAAGUACUAUCUUAUUGAAUGCGUUGCAUGCAGUCCUGAUUUCUAGGCGAUAUAAAAUAAGCUAUUCGAAAUCUGGUAUUUAAAGCUCAGAAAUCAAGCAUUAAUGUUUUUUUUUUUGCUCAGUGUUUAUGUAAUUUGAUCAACAAAUAGUUGCAUGAUAUAUGCUUUUCACUCUCUGACAUGCUACUUCCAGCAAGUAUUAAAAUGUGCGACUCUAUGGUCUAAAACUUUGUUUUCUUCUCUCUCGGUUUUCCAUUUCUCGCCCAACCUUUGCAGCCUCCAUGGGAUACGGAAAUAGGCAAAGCCUUCAUUAUCCACUACACAUAUGGAUGCGACUAUGAUCUAGAGGUAUUUGAUGUUACCAGUUUAAUUUCCUUAGUUUGCAAUUACAUUGUUGAAGUUUCUUCUGGGCAACGCUUUCUCUUCCACCCAUAAAAAGAUGUCUUUAGAAGGUUGUUGUUUUGUAUUGCACCUCACACUGUAUCAUAUGUUCUUAUUCAUCUAUUAGGGUAAAUUGACCUAUGGGAAGAUUGGAGAAUGGAGAUUUGACAAGCGAUCAUAUGACAGUAUCUGGCCUCCAAGAAACCUCUCAUUGCCUCCUCCUGGUGUGCCAGAUAGUGUGGUAAGUCUUGUGCAUAAUAUUGUCUGAAAUUCUACAGUCCACAAGCGUGGUUCAUCUAGGGAUCCUGAUAUGCUUUUAGUUGCAUUUCAAUUGAUUGUGGUCCUUGUUCAAAAACAUGAAAAAGUUUAUAAAGAUAUGUCAACAGAAAGAAAGUUUAUGUUAAGUUUGACCGUUUGUUUGCUUACUAGGUAAAUUGAAAAUUGUUAGUGAGUUCCACAGUUGUUGAGUAAUAAUAGCAUAUCAGGUCACAUGAAACUUUUAUUAGGAUCUUCAAAACUGCUCUUUGAGUAUGGACAUUUUUUUUCUUUCCUUUUCAAUUUAGUGAUUAAAAAUAAUGUGACGGAACUUCGAUCGAUAAUGACAGGUUACUUUGGUGAAAAUGGUGAAUGAAGCAACAGCUAAUAUACCAAAUUGGGGUUCCUGACUAUAUCAACAUAAAUAAUGCUGGGGUUCCCUUACUGACCAGAAUGGAAAAAUAACAAUGUAUUAGAUGAAUGCCAGGGACAUAGAUAUGAGUAGGCUUUCCAUACAUGUAAUUAUGGGGUUUGAUUUGCUCUUCCUUUUUGUAUUAAUCAUAGUGUAUUUGUAUGCUUGACCAACCAUUGGGCUUUUCCAGAAAUAUAGUUGGAACAUGAGUUUGGAAUUCCAUUUCUCCUCUUGUACAAUUUUUUUUUCAUCCUCUUUUUGAUUUAAUGAGGAAACUCACGGUUAUUAGUGCUUUAAUGUGUGUGUGUGUGUGUCUGUAUAUUUUUUGUGGUGUAAAGAGACCAUUUCCGAAACUAAAAUAGUUGAAUGUAGAACUGUAGAUCAGUGAUUGAGUUUUUUCAAUGCCGUAGGAAUUGUGUUUUUUUCUUUUGCAUUGGCGAAGAAAAUAGAGGCAUGGAGCACCAUGUACUUGUUGUGGAAGCUUGAAAAGAAAAUUAAUGCAUCUGCUCAUCAGGACAAUGGUUCUAUGAGCAAGUUAGCGAUGCUUCGACAUGCCAAUUCUGCAGUAGCUAUGGAAGGAAGGCAGGGGUGAAUUUGACCCUAGUUCAUUGUACAAGGAGAAAGUUUUUUAAAGAAUGUGGACAAUACACAAAGUUCUAUUAGCUUUGUGAUACACGACCCCAUUCAACUUUCAAGGAGGAUGAAAGUGCUCUGUUUCUCAUGCUACAAUGUAUAGUCACCAUACAAUACCUGAUUUAUAUCAGUCACUUGCC